AUGGUUUUGGAACUAUGGGAAACACUCAAAGAAGCCAUAACAGCAUACACGGGACUAUCGCCAGCAACUUUCUUUACAGUUUUAUCUAUAGGGUUAGCUGUUUAUUAUGUGGUAUCAGGGUUGUUUGGUGGGUCUGAUCGUCAUCAUGUACCAAGACAACGUGAAGAGCAGAUGGAACCUUUGCCUCCACCUGUUCAACUUGGUGAAGUCACUGAAGAAGAACUAAAACAGUAUGAUGGUACUGACUCUAAAAAGCCUUUGCUUAUGGCUAUCAAGGGUCAGAUCUAUGAUGUUUCUCAAAGCAGGAUGUUCUAUGGACCCGGUGGACCGUAUGCGUUGUUUGCUGGAAAGGAUGCUAGCAGAGCUCUAGCAAAGAUGUCUUUUGAAGAGGGAGAUUUAACCGGCGAUGUAUCUGGUCUUGGUCCAUUUGAAUUGGAUGCCUUGCAAGACUGGGAAUACAAGUUCAUGAGUAAAUAUGUCAAGGUUGGAACAAUCAAGAAGACAGUUCCAGUAACUGAUGGUACCUCCACCAGUGAACCUGCUGCAGAGACUACAGAACGCGAUGCUGCUAAACCAGCUGAAGAUGCUCCAUCAGCUGCUGCACCUGUCGAAACUACCGCUGUUGGUGAAUCCAAGGAGGAGUAA